AUUUCAAAUUGAAAUAUGUCAAGUGCUUUGUAUGGUUGAAACUUGCAAGAUAGCCAUGUCAAGAUAUCCUAAGAAGAAGAAUCAUGGCAUUUCUGAUUGAUGAUGCUAAAUUCCAAGUGAAUCUAGGCGCACGGGUUUUACUUACAUUUUAAUGAGCCCUGCUUGUUCUUUGUUCAUAUUGUUUUGCACUAAUUAGGGUGCUUCAUUGCUCAUUUUAGUUAAGAUCCUGUUUUGGGAUUUUGUUUGUGUUUCAAUUAGUGGAAAUUGUGGUAUUUUUGUGGUAGAUCGAAGGUGAACUCGAUGCAGUGGGAGUGUGGGUGAAUUUCCGAAUUAAUGAUUUUGUGGAUUUUCUAGGUUUUGGCUCCCAAGGUUGAAUUUCAGGACCUUUUUUUGAGCGAGCUGUUUCUGUUUGUAUGCUUAAGCAGGUUUUUUUGGGGGCAACUGAAAUUCGUGAUGGAUAGCAACAAAGACGAGGCGUUGAGAUGUAUAAACAUUGCGAAAGAGGCAAUUGCAGCUGGUAAUAAGCAAAGAGCCGUGAAAUUUAUUGGAAUUGCUCGCCGCCUUAACCAGAGUUUAUCCGUGGAUGAUCUCUUGGCCGCCUGUGAGGAUCUCGAUUCGUCUUCUUCUGCCAGCCCAUCUAGUAAUGUGAAGAAGGUUUCCACGAAAGAUAAGGGUGCUGCUAGUUCUGAUGGGAUUUCUAACGGGGAGAGGAAUUACACGGAUGGGCACGUGGUAUUGGUGAGACAGAUCAAGACGAAGAAGGAUUACUACUCGAUUCUCGGGGUGGAGAAGAGUUGUUCGGUAGAGGAGAUUAGGAAGGCUUAUAGGAAGCUGUCUUUGAAAGUUCAUCCUGAUAAGAACAAGGCACCGGGUUCUGAGGAGGCUUUCAAGAAAGUUAGCAAGGCCUUCAAGUGCUUGAGUGAGGAUGAGUCGAGGAGGCAGUAUGAUCAGACCGGUUUGGUGGAUGAGUUUGAGCAUAACCAGCACUAUCAGGCUAGGAGGAGACGGAGGAGAACAGAGAACGACUACUUUGACGAUGAAAUUGAUCCUGAUGAGAUAUUCAGAGUGUUUUUUGGUCAACGUGACGCCUUCAGGAAUGCUCACGUGUACAGGACUAGAGCGCAUACUGCUGCUGCACAUCAGAGGGAAGAUUUGGGUAACACGGGCCCUAGUCUUAUGAUUCUUCUCCAGUUGCUGCCGUUUUUGAUAAUCGUUCUGCUUGCUUAUCUUCCAUUCUCGGAGCCUGACUACUCGUUGCAGAAGAACUAUUCUUACCAGUUUAAAAAGAUGACCGAGAAACAUGGAGUAGAGUUCUUUGUCAAGUCAUCUGAAUUCGAUAAGACCUAUCCAGCUGGAACCCCUGGUCGGCAUGCAAUUGAGAAUAACGUGAUUAAGGAUUACAAGCAUAUGCUUGGACGUUACUGUCACAUGGAAAUGCAGAGGCGUCACUGGAAUAGGCACUUCCCGACUCCUCAUUGCGAUAGGCUUCAAAGUUUUGCCGCAUGAAGACUGCAGGCCGUUCUCAUAUUACUGCUACUUUUGCCUAUGCUUUCACAUUCAUUACGCGUUCUUGCUCAGCUCAGCUCUGCUCUUAAACUGCAAAUAUUUACAAUCUUAACUGUAUAGUAUGAGCAGAUCCUCCAAGUUGAUGACCUCCCUGUUGGAGAUUCACGCAAUUAACAAGCGUAUCAGCCAUGGAAAUCCCUCGCUGGCAGUAGAACUCUAAAGAGGCUUUCUUCCUCUCAUUUCUAAUUCGAGCUCUUGGGCCCGAGCUCGCUGUUGCCAUUGGACUUGAACGAGGAUUUUGUCUGAGGAAGGUCUUUUUGCAAAGGAACCAUGUGAUAGUUAGUUAUCAUUUCGUUUAUGUACAUCAACAUUGCCACACACUGCGAUUUUAGCCAAUAAUAAGGUAAAGUUUCAGAGCUUUUUGUUA